AUGAGUUACAAUCACUUUUCAGGCCAUUUGCCAGAGUGGCUUUGCAAAGGUGGGAAACUUGAGAUUUUCACGGUGGAUGGUAACAGGCUUACAGGGCCAAUCCCAAGAAGCUUGACCGAGUGCUCUAGUUUCAAAAGGGUCCGCUUCAAUAGCAACAGCUUUACUGGGAAUUUAUCUAAAGCUUUUGGCAUCCAUCCAGAGCUUCUGUUCAUUGAUUUGAGCAACAAUGAUUUUCAUGGUGAACUCAGCAGCAACUGGGGGAAAUGUAAAAGUUUGAUUGAUAUGCGGGUAGCCAGAACUAACAUUAGUGGCAGUAUACCACUAGAAAUUGGAAACGCCAAAGGGCUUCUAGGACUUGAUCUUUCAUCGAAUCAUUUUACUGGGCAGAUUCCAAAGGAAUUUGGCAAAUUAACCUCACUGGUUAAGCUUUUUGUGCAAAGCAACAAUAUUUUUGGCAAUAUACCUGGGGAAUUAGGGUCACUCAAAAAGUUAGAGUCCCUAAGCUUCUCAAGCCAGACUCAUCCAAUUGCACUGCGCUUGCAGGCACAUAUGGCUAUGUUGCACCUGAAAUGUGUGAUGUCGAUCUAUAGCUUUGGAGUAUUAGCAUUGGAGAUAAUCAAAGGAAAGCAUCUUAGGGAAUAUAUUACUAUGCUAGCAAAUUUGUCGACUAUAGAUCACGAGCAGCUUAGUGAUUUGCUAGAUGAACGAAUUCCAUAUCCUGAAGAAGAAGUAAAAGAUGUUUUGGUUUUUAUCAUCAAGCUAGCAAGAUCUUGUUUGCUUGAAGCUCCAAAAUCAAGGGCAACAAUGCACUUCAUAUCUCAUAGGUUAUCGUCAAUGGAUCAAACCAGCCCUGCAGCUCAUGUAUACCAAGCUUCAUGUUUGCUAAGUAGUACUGAUGUUAUAUUUGAGACUGAAUUACAUGCCAAAAGAAUGAUAGUAUACGGAAAAGUGNAUGUCUAUAGCUUUGGAGUAUUAGCAUUGGAGAUAAUCAAAGGAAAGCAUCUCGGAGAAUAUAUUACUGUGCUAGAAAAUUCAUCAACUAUAGAUCAUGUGCAGCUUAGUGAUUUGCUAGAUGAACGUCUUCCAUAUCCUGAAGAAGAAGUAAAAGAUGUUUUGGUUUUUAUCAUCAAGCUAGCAAGCUCUUGUUUGCUUGAAGCUCCAAAAUCAAGGCCAACAAUGCACUUCAUAUCUCAUAGGUUAUCAUCAAUGGAUGCACGUCUGCCUACUCAUGUAAAGUGA